AUGAUGUACGUUGAUCCGACUUCGCAGUAUAAAUUCGUUGCAAAAAGCGCGCCACACGUAGUUACUUCUGAAACGACGGGUUCAAAUAUUGCAAAUGACAUUGCAACCGUUUCAGCUGCUGAGAACAUUGCUCCGAGUACGAUUCAAGCACCACCAAAUGAUGCUACCCAUUUUCAAGCACCAGAACACGCACAAAAACAAGCUACCUUGGCUCAAAAUGCUGCUAGUACGGCUGUGCCAAUGUCACCCAGUCAGGUAGCUCCACCGGUGGGACAAGUGAAUGUUGGACAGGGACAAGCAGCCGGGGCGGCGGGGGUACCUGGUCAAGGUCUAACCUAUGAUGGUAAACGGAUGAGAAAAACUAUGCAGAGAAGAACCGUCGACUACAAUUCAUCUGUCAUCCGUUUUUUAGAGGUAUGGGAAUAGAGAUGUGCAUUGAAUCGGAUUGGCCUCUUUGAAUAUGCAGGUUUCUCCAGUUUCCGAAUCCGAUCCAGUCUGAAGCUGGAAAAUGUAGUUUACUUCCCUUGACAAGUAAAAUUGUCUGGUGUAAAGGCCUGAAUCCACAGGCCUGACUGGAAAGUUUGGAAAUUGCUCGCCUGAGAUUUAGAAAAUUUAAUAGUAAAUAUAUAGAAAGCAUCAAAAUUGCGUGCCGGAGAUAUCCGCCGCGUGAUACAAACUUUCCACACUUGGUCCACGGGUACUUUCUGUGAAGUGCGAAAAAAUUUUGUGUGAAAUGAAUUAGGUGCAUGCCCAGUAAAUACAAUUUAGGAAGAAAUUUCGCUUCACCAGUCAGUAGAAGUCAGUUCUACUCACGGCAAAAGCAAAAGCAGUUCUACUCAUGGCAAAAGCAAAUAAAGUGGCCAAAUUCAACAAACAGAGUAAAAUAAUAAAGUAGGGCGCAAAUUAUGAAUGGAUUAAAUUAGGCUUGGGCGGUUAACCGGUUUUGUUCGGUUUUCUUUUUAAAACCGGUUUUCAUUUCCAAUAACCGAAAAAUCGGUUUUUCGUUUAUAUCUUUUUUUCAUGAUCUUAAAGAAUUAGUGUCACACCAGGAAUUCGCAGGCUCAAACUCCUGCUGGCGGCCAUUUUUCGGGACGAAUAGAUUAGAUGAUCUGGAAAGUUUUUACAAUCCGCCAUACGUUUAAACCAUCCUUUUAUAAUCCUUGCUCUUUUUGUCUGAUUUGUAUGAGAAAUGCACCAAACAAGGUAUUUUUAUCGCUAUUUGUUGUAUUUGAGUAAAAUGUAAACAAUAACAAAAGCCCGCAAUGCAUGACCCUGACACUAAUCCUUUAAAAGUGUGCAAAUACUAUUUUUUGCAAGAAAUGCUGUACAGAACCCUCGCCUAAGUACAGUAGACAAAGUAUUUUCUUAAAAACAUGAGCAGACAAAUCAGCUGGUCACCUAAAAGUUAUCACGUAAUGGUUCACACGUUUCUAGCAUUCUCGUGCAUUUCCUCCGGAUUUGAGAGUGAGUUACUGUAGGUCUUACGAAAUCAUACCAAGACAGUGGUUAAGUUAGAAUUUCCAAAAAAUCCUAUGUUAGAAAAUUAAAAAGUCGGAAAAACCGGUUUUACGGUUUAAUUAACCGGUUUUAAGUCAGACGGUUUACCAGGAAACCGCCCAAGCCUAGAUUAAAUCUGAUCUGGUGGAAAAAAUUAUGAUCUGGUCCGGUGGAAAAAAAUGCAAUCUGAGUUGAAAUGGGUUGUUCCAGGAAAAAUCCAUACUCCCCCACGGAAGAAAUUUCUGCUGUCAGGGGGGAGGGGAGAAAAAAUGUUUCUGAUAAUAGUAAAUGUAUUAGGACAUCCGAAGGGGGUAGGGGGGUUAACUUCCUAUUUCCUCUGUGGGGGUGGUAUGGAUGUUUUCUGGAAUGACCCAAUAUUGUAAAGUUGCGAUCUGAUCUAAGAAAAUAGAUAUUAUAUAAUAUUGCUUUAAUUAUCUACCACCAUGCUAAAAACUAUUAAGCAGGGUUUGUAUGGGCCCUUAAAAAACCAUGAAAAAACCAACCAAACAUCCUUAAUUUUCACUCAAAACUCACUAUUGAAAAAUUAUUUAUUUCCUGUGAAAGUCCUUGUUUUCUUCGAAAUUCUACAACAGGCCACGCAAAAGAUAUCACGGUUUACUGCUGAUGAUAAACCAGCGUAUUUUUACAUGGCCUUAUGUUAUGAAAAAUCCUUAAAUUCAAUGUACCUACUGUAGCUGUGGUUAAACAGAAUAAAAACCAGCUAUUCUUCUUUCCAGAUGCAUCUGUAAUUUUUCAGUCAUAAAGAGGCAUGCAAUCAGUAAAUCUAUUUCAUGACCUACACACUUUAAUUUUUAGUAGUACCAAUUUUUGAAUAGAUUUCCUGGCAAUUGGUCCUUAAAAUCUUAAUAUAGAACCCGUUAUUGGAGAUUGCCUCUGUGGUCAGUCCCUGCCUGUGUUAUAUGUAAAUUUUGUCUAGUCCAAUUUAUGUCUGUUAUGUUCGGUGAAUCUUGUAAACAAAUUAAUAAAAUCACACCAUACAUGACAUCACAUAUUUCUAAUGAAAUGAAUAAUAUAAAGACUGUUAAUUAUCCAUGGUUAAAGGAAAGUUUAAUGGAGAUCUUGUGGACUCUCAAAUGUACAGUACAGAUUAGACCAUUGCAGAAAAUAUCCACACCUCCCCACUGACAAAAUGGCAACUUCACCCCUCCUCCUCCAUUAGGCCCCUUCCUUUCCAGAAUGCACAAAUUUCUGCCAUGGGGGGGGGAGGGGUUGUUUUGCAAUGACCCAAUACAUUUCCUCGUGAUGACACCAGCACCCUUGUGGAAAUUAGAGGGUGGAGCUUAAGAUAAGUGUAAUAUAUUUUGCCUUCAUAAAUGUUUUGGUUGCCAUCAGUGGCUUGUUUAGUGACACAGGAUAACUUCUUUCAUUGUCAUUGGCAGGCCUUGAAAUAAAUCUGGAUGUUAUACCUGUCAUUAUGACCGGUGGAUCACUAAAUUUACCGGUCACAGCGGAAUUUAGGUCAUUGUCACUCCUUAGCUUCUUUUUCCCCCUCCUCUUUCGCGUGACUCGUAAUUUUAGAAACAAUUGUGUAUUUUAAUUGUAUUUGUAUUUUAGUAGAAGUACAGUAUGGAGUUUAUCAAAGCUGUAGUAGUAAUCAUUACCGUACUAAUAACAUUAACAUUGUUUACUAGCAAAUUAAUAUAAGUCCCAAAGAACAACUGUAGUUUGAGUUGCGAGCAUGCUUUAAGGCUGCAUUCCAGUUACACGUUUUUCAUGUACGCAGGUAAAAGUUGAAAUCGCUUUACAUCCUACUUAUGAAAUAACUAAAUUUAUAAAAGGACAGCAUUCAGUUUUGUGUAUGAUUUAAUGUGUAUUAAUAUUGUUUAAAGAUUACGACUAUUUACAUAUGAGAAAAAAAAAUUAGUAAUGAAUACAAUUACAAUUUAGUAAAUAUUUACAGUUUAUACAAAAUAGAUCUUCGAUAUGGUUAGUAAGGUUAAGGUUAAGAAUCUGGGAAAAAAGAACAGAAGGAGUAGAAAAGUCAGCGUCUAGAAUAAUAUGUGCUGCACGCUUUUGCAGUCAAAGAAUGCUAAUAUACUUCUUAUGCUUGUAGAUAUCAAAAUAGUGCGAGGGCCGUAUGUUAGAUAACUUUUAUGGUUAAUACGUUUUCCCUUGUGAAAUAAAGUUUCUAUUCUAUUCUUCAAUUCAGUUUGGCUCGGAAAUAAGUCUGAAUGACACUUGUAAAUUAAGAUCAGCACAAUGUAUUAAUUCUGAAUGGUAAAUGUUGUGACUUGUGAAGAUAUUAAAUAAUUUGUGUCAUUCAUGUUUAUUUCCAAGCCAAAAUUAACUUGCUUGCCUAUAACAGUAGUAAGACUAAGACAAGUUAAGCCCGUUUUCUAAUUCACCAUUUUGCUUGCCACCCAGCGCUCAAUUACAUUAAUUAAACAACAUUUUUAUGCAUUACUCUGAUUCUCCAUUUAGCAUACAAGCCUCUAGUCCUGGACUAGGGUGCAUUUUGUUUACGUUGGACAAAGCUAUAGUUCGGUCGGACACCAAUACACUUGGGUGAUGGGUCGGACAAACAAUAAACCUCAUUUUCACUUAGGCAGGCUUUCUUGCCAUCCUACUUUUUCCUACUUUUCUUCAACUUUCCUACUUUUCCUAUUUUUUAUUAAAAAUUGCUUGAUUUUCCUACUUUUUCCUACUUUUUCUCAUAAAAUCCUACUUUUUUAAGACAGCUUGGGGAAUCAGUAUGUUAUAGCUCUCGUAAUUUGAUCUAUAGGACUCGUAAUUUUUAUUUCCUAUUUGUGUCCCAGAUCAUAAGAUCUCAGGAGAAGAAGUACAUUUUCCGAGUAUAAAAUUUCAUAGCAUCUCUAGAAUCAUAAUUAAUCAAUAAAUUAAUGAAGACUCCAACAACAGGGCCGUAGCAGGGCUGUAGCAAGUGGAGGGGGAGGGGGCUGGCGCAUACAGGGCCGUAGCAAGUGGAGGGGGGGCUGCAACCCCCCAAUAAUUUGCUAAUAAUAAAUUUUUUUUCAAAAUCAUGCAGACCUUUAUCAUUUAGUCCAUGACAAACUGCAAAGAAUGAAGAUAUUACCCAUACUUUUCUGCAACUUAUCUAAUAUAUAGUUAAUUAAAUACGUCUUCGCCCAUUUAGUACUACUAAAUUGUAAAUUUCGACAUACUAAAAUGCUGUUUUCUGACCAUUGGAAUUCUGUCAAAUCUUCCCCAAAGUCCAGGAAAUGGCAUUUCAGAGACUCUAAAUUUAAAGAUUUCCUUGGGCCUUCGGCGGCCCUCGCUUUCAGCCUCCCCCCCCCCCCAAUCGAAAAGAGCUUCCUACGGCCCUGAUAUAUGCUCCUGCCGCAGUGUGGAUUGGUGCAUUGUGUAGCCCAAUACAUGCAUUUGAAUUGUGUUGCUGCAGAGCCGAUGCCUUAGCUUUUAUACCUAUACAAUUUAAAAGUUUUGAGAAAAAAAUCCUGCAUAGAUGAAUGAGUACAUAAAAAUAUUGAGCACCAAAAAUUCACACAACUUCCCCAUCAGAUAUCUAAUGGUCUACCCCUUACCACAUAUAUCCUAGGGGGGCCAAUUUUGUAUAUUUUUGUGUUAUUUGCAUCUCCAAAACUCCUACUUUUCUCCUACUUUUCUACACAUUUUCCUACUUUAUUCCUACUUUUCCUAAAAUUCUAGUCCUACUUUUGUCCUACUUUUCUACACAAGGAUGCCAGAAAGCCUGAGUUUACGUUUGGCGUAUAAAUUCCAUACUUGAACUGCUACGAGGGCUUGUAGUCGUUAAAGCAUGAAAUUAGAGACCUUAAGAUUGACGUUUACGGCAAACGUCAAACCGCUAGCGAAGGUUUUGAUUUUACAACUCUAUGAUUAUAGCUUUCACACCAGUUUUGAAAUAUGUUAAACUUAUUAAACUUGUGCUCUUUAUCAAUGAUUUAAGAAAGCAAAUUAACCACUAGUCAUGCCAUUCACCAAAGCAGUAAAUUAAGAUUUGGCGUUUGAAGUUGACGUUUGGCGUAUAAAUUUCAUGCUUUAACGACUACAAGCCCUCGUAGCAGUUCAAGCAUGAAAUUUAUACGCCAAACGUCAACUUCAAACGCCAAAUCUUAAUUCAUUGCUUUGGUGAAUGGCAUGACUAGUGGUUAAUUUGCUUUCUUUAAAUCAUUGAUAAAGAGCACAAGUUUAAUAAGUUUAACAUAUUUCAAAACUGGUGUAAAAGCUAUAAUAAUAGAGUUGUAAAAUCAAAACCUUCGCUAGCGGUUUGACGUUUGCCGUAAACGUCAAUCUUAAGGUCUCUAUUUAUACGCCAAGCGUAAACUUCAAACGCCAAAUCUUAAUUUACUGCUUUGGUGAAUACAUGACUACUGGUUAAUUUGCUUUCUUAAAUCAUUCCUAAAGAGCACAAGUUUAAUAAUUGUUUAACAUAUUUCAAAAUUGGUGUAAAAAUAUUAUAAUAGAGUUGUAAAAUCAAAAACUUCGUUAGCGGUUUGACGUUUGCCGUAAACGUCAAUCUUAAGGUAUCUAAUGUCCGUGACCGUCCGGUAUUUUUAGGCCCGAGGAUAUAACUAUUGGGCUGCCACUGUAUCCAGUAUAUACUCUUGCAUUAGCUUUAGAAAAUGAGACAGAGGCGGACAUCUCAUCAGAAUCUGUAGUUUGUUGAUAUUAAGAUGUCAUUCACUUACAGCAACUUUAAUACAUAAAUUUUUACCCUUUUUAGACUAGAAAAUGGUUCAAGAGCUCAAGAAAUCAGCAUGCUUUACAACCUCAAGAAAUUUAUAAUGUUGAUGUAAGGAGAGAUAUUUUUAUAGUAAUGGUUAUUAUAACAAGAAUAAACAAUAGCAGUAACAAAAUAAUUAGAGCUGCUCUUGAAGCUGUGUGCCGGAGCUCCGGCAGCGGGGGUUGGAAAACUCCGGCAGACAAAAUUAUGAAAAAUUAUUUCAUAUUUCAACGAACAUUUGGCAUUAAAUGGGAAAAUCAAGUUGUUGUUUACUAAUAUAUUACUAUUUAUAUGUUGUUUUACUAUAUACUACUAUGUGGUAUACUAUUAAUAGUGUUGUAAAAAGGUUUUUUAAAAAAAAGAUAAAUUCUGAAAUUACACUGAAAUACUUUCGCCUGCUUCCACUUUUAAAUAUGGAAUUUCCUUAAAAAUUUCUUGUGGAGCCGGAGUUUUGACUGCCGGAGCCAGUGCCGGAGCCCUGCUCUGUAAAUUGUAUAAUUUAUCAUUAUAAAAAUAAUAUGUGAAAUACAUAUUUUCCAGGUGGUCCCACCAUGUGGUUACAUAAAAAAUCCAAUGAAUUCUGUUACAACAAAAUUUGUACGCACAUCAACUAACAAACUUCGAUGUCCCAUAUUUUGUGUUGUGGUGAGCGUCCUUCAAUUAUUUUUUAUGUAUAAUUUUAUUGUGUACUAUGUUGUAUUAUAAUAUAUUAUCAUUUUCUUAUCAACCUUUUCACUUAUUUCCCCUUUAGUGGACUCCUGAAGGGCGUCGUUUAGUUACAGGCGCAUCCAGUGGUGAAUUCACAUUAUGGAAUGGCCUGACAUUCAACUUUGAAACAAUUUUACAGGUAGGAAGCAUGAAGGAACUCGAUUGUACCAUACUAGGUUGUGCUUGAAAUUUGCAGUAUCCCGAUAUCGAAGGGAUACCGGAUUUUAAGUUUGGAUACUGGACAUCACAAGCUCAGUAUCCAUUGGGAUAGUAAAUAAGUUAAUGUACAACGCCAGGCAUUCUCUGAUAUCUACCUAUGCAGGAAGUUGUAUAGUUUAUUAUCUAACUUAUACAGGAAUUUUUAUUUUUGGAUUUUGAUGCCAGGAUGAGAAGUGUAUUUUCUAGGCCUGUGAGAAAUAUAUUUUUCUUUACCACCAUUUAGGCCCACGACCGAGCUGUGCGCUCAAUGGUGUGGAGUCAUAAUGAUCUGUGGUUAUUGACUGGUGAUCAUGGUGGCUUUGUGAAAUACUGGCAGUCAAAUAUGAACAAUGUGAAGAUGUAUGAAGCACAUAAAGAACCUGUACGCGGACUAAGGUGGGCAUGGAACUCCAGUAUUACACAUUCCAACUGGAUUUCAUUUUUCAUAGCUAUAAUUUUAUUUCUUUACCAUAAGGUUAUAGUAGUUAAAAUUUUUAAAGUUAAUUCUUUAGUUUUCUUAGUUUAUUAUAAAAUUUUAAUUUUUAGACUUAUCUUUAUGGUAUUUUUAAUGAGUAGAUUUGAAAUUGAAAUAAAGGGAAUUAUUGAUAGAUACAGAUUAAAAGGACUUUUUUUAUUGUGAAUCUCUCAUAGAAUAGCUGUCAUCUUACAUGUAAUAUCUAAUAGAACUGUAUUUGUUAUUUUGGCAGAUGACUGGAAUUCUGUGAAUUAUUUAUAAUGAAAUUUGUCCAUUUUAAUCUUUAUACAAUAAAGCUUUAAAAUAUAUUACACAACAUCGAAGUUAGAACUAACUCCCAGAACCCCAAGCCGCUUUUUAUUCAAAUAUUUCUUCUUGCCAGUUGCCAGGUUUAGAAUGCAUCUGGUAGAUAAGAACUUUCCUGUUCCAUCAAGUUUCCACAGAUAUAUAAAUCAUUUUUAUAUCUAUUGUUUCUUGUACAGAUUGCCAUUUCUUAUUUCAUCCCGCGGAAAAGUGAUUGCAUAAAUUCAUCAUAAUAUACGACUCUUUUAACAUUCUUUGCCGGUAAUUAAUACUUCACAAACUCUUGUGCAAAUUAUUCUGAUGGACAUGCAUAAUCUUAACUUUGGAGAAUGUGUGAUUCUUUUUGCAUUCUUUGCCAGCAAUACUUAACAGAUUCUAGUGCGAAUUCUUCCAAUGGACAUGCAUAAUUUCAAUUUAACGGUACAGAAUAUCAUGCGAUUUUAUGAAAAACAAUUGUAUGAUAAUAUUACAGUAUUUUAACAUCUUUCUCGUACUUAUAUAUCUUCAAAUAUAUUCAGUAUACGUGGGGUAAAAAUACGAAAAUGAAAUACUUUGAAUGUUCUUCGUUUUCCAACUCUUUGUGAAACAAUUAGUUUGUUUUUCUCAGCCUCCUUCUUUGCCUUUUGUGGAAUUGUAGUCUGUACAGUAUUUGUGUUGCUGUGCUGUGGCUUAUUUAUCAUAAUUGUUCUUGAUAUUAUAAUAUUUCUUGAUAUUAUAAUAUUUCCUUAUAGAGAUUUACCAAAGAUUCUGAAUACCUGCAUGCCAACUUAUGUAAACUUGCCAACAUAGAUGGAUUUUCAGAUUUUGCUCUAGGAAGCGGGAGUUGAUUGAUGAGAUGCGUAGCACCGCCGGACAAGCUGCAGCAGGGGGGUCUGGGGCCACAGUUGUUAAUGGGUACCCAGGAAAUUUUGAGACUUGGUCUUAUUUAGUUCAAAAUCCUUGUGAGCAUUUAAAUUUCUGGAGAAGGGCUUUGGGGAGUCAAAAUAUUUUGGGGGAUGCGCACUCCCCUGCACCCCCACAACCCGUCUAUGCUUGCCAAGUGAUUUUGACUGUUGUCGAUUUCGGCAUACUUUUCAAAGCGCAAUUUCCAAGUUUGUGGUGAGUAUUCCCAAUUAUGUUUCUAAAUUUGGCAUAUUGAGCGUGGAAGUAGCAAAGCCAACUUCGCAAGUUGCUUACUUAGGUCAAAUUUAAAUAAUAGUUGGUUUCAGGUUUCCGACCGACCUGUCAAAAAUAUGACCGACCAUAAACAUUUUAUUGACAUUUCCCAGUAGAGAAAAUCUUUUCGUAAAUAGCAGAAUAUAUAAAUAGUCAUCAGACUCAUUUGUCUACAAAUUAUUUUGUUUGCUUAUAAUUUAAUCAUUAUCUAGUCAUGUUAAUCAUAGUUUUACACAAAGAACAGUUGAACAAAAUAUUAAAAACUUGCAUUAUUCUCAGUAUUCUGACAUGGGAUCUAUGGCUGAAAAUGCCUUGAUGCGAAACACAUGUAAAAACAAUAAAAACAAAGAGUUUAUAAUGAGUUUUAACUUAUAUUUAUUGCAUACUUGAUAUAAAAUAUUUUUUUUAAAUAAAAUGUUUUUCCGACCUACCUACCCAUAUAGAACAUGGCUGUGAAACAUGAAACCAACUAUUUUUUUUAUUUGGCCUUACGUACCGAAUUACUGAACUAAAGUACCGAAGUAAUGGACAUAAACUCGUAAUUUGCAUUGUUUUAUUCAUAGGCGUACGGGACGGGAAAAAAUUAGGGGGCGGAAAGAAAUGUUCCCGACUUUUUCGCAUUGUGCCCGACCAGUGGCGAAAAUUUUUUUUCCGGAACAAUUAAUUUUGGCGACCCCCCCCCCCCAGUCGCCAAAAAAAUUUCGAUCAGUGUACCAUUUUAGGAGUCCAAAAAAUUUUCGGACAUACCUAAAUUUUUCGGAACAUCCAAAAAAAAUUCCCAAAAUUUACAUAAUUUCCCGCAAAAUUGACAGAAUUUGUCCCAUUUUAUUUUAUAAUAACCUAAUAUUGCCCGACUGUGAAGCGAAUAUUGCCCAACUGGCUUUCUUUGCCCAACCAACUGGGGUUAUUAUUAAGAGAGAUUUUAUCGCUUUGACCACUUUUUGCCCGACUUUUGCCCGACUUUUGUUGAACAUUUGCCCGACUUUUCGACUUUGUAAUCCUUUUGGCGGGGGGCAGCUGCUUCCGUCCCGUACGCCUAUGGUUUUAAUAACAUGGCCAACAUAUUUGACAUAUUUAAAGGUUUUAAGAAAUACGUUUAAUUUGUUGGCUAUAUUAGUAAAACGUUGCAAAAUGAAGAGUUAAUGUUCAAUACAUCUGUAUUUUAGUUCAGUACUUCGGUACUUUAGUAAGCAACUUGGGAAGUCAGCUUUGCAACUUUCACGGCCAAUAUUCCAAAUUUAUUGAGAAAUGCAAUUGUGGAUAUUCACAACUAACUUGGGAACCGCGGUUUGGAACGUGUCCUGAAAUUGACAAUCAUAUACUGAAAUUUUCCCAAUCAAACGUUAAUAUUGCCGACUUUAUUAUUAAUAAUCCGCCCUUUACAUAAAUCUAUAAAGUUUUUUAGACAUGAACAUGUCGACUGGAAUUUUUUAUUUACUAAAACGACGUAUUAACAGUCCCCAAUUUCUUGAUACUUCAAUAAACCCCCAACAUUGCAUUGUAUAACAUAGAGCUGGCUGAGGUUUCUGGAUUAAGUUCUAAAGGGCUUUGUCAGUUUGUCUUUGGGAGGAUUUUCCGGAAUUCCGAGGUAAAUCAGGCGUAGAAUAAAUAUUUCACUUUCUGGGACCGCAAGAGAACAUUGAAAAAUUUUCUGCGAAUAAUCAAGUAAAUCGACACUCGCACGCUGUAACUGUGUAACACUAACAAGUUGUCAAACUUAAUGUCAUGCCAUAUUUUAAGGUAUAUAACAUAAAACUAAUUUAGAUCACAUACUUCAGGGGACUGAUCCUAAGUUAAAUUUACAGAUGCCAAAAAUGGGUACUACUAGGGAGAUCUGGGGACAUGGUGCCCCAGAAAAUUUUGAAAAUCAGGUGUCUCAGACUCCAUCUUGGAAUAUUUUCUGGGAACUCAAAACAUUUUCUGGGACCAUGGAUAAUAAAAUAAAUGGAUAGGAAACUAGCUGACGUGACCUAAUGUUUUCAAUGGGCUGAUGGCGUGGAUGGAUGUCCCAACCUAGUUGAAAACCAAAUUCUCAAAAACGGCAUGUUUAGCAAUAAUACAGCUAAACAAUUUAGUCAAAGAGCAAAUAAAUAUACCCACGCCAUUCUACGAUGAAAACUCUUAGUUUUCCCAGUCAGUUUUAGCAAAUAUUUCAAGCACUAAACAGUGAAAAAUACAUCACAAAUUUCGUUAAAAUUUGUGACGCCAAUUUCGUAGCUACAAAUGUAAAAAAAAAUGCAAAGCAAAGACGAAAAACAUUUACCUUGAAUACUUAGUCGUGGCUUAGGCAUGUUUUUAAAACAAUUAGACCAGUUUAUGCUUCAAUAUCACCCUUUUAAAGUGGAAAAUAUAGCAAAACAACAAAAAUGCCGAGAACUUUGGUAAUAUUCGCAAUACGAGUGACGUCACGUUUUUCAACAAGGUUGCGGCCAAUGACGUCAGAAGUUUCCUAUCCAGUUAUUUUACAAUCCAUGCUGGGACCAAUGGUCCCAUGGUCCGAUACGUUUUCCACCCCUGCCGAGGUUAGUGCCCAGGACAGCUUGCUCUCGCCAAUGUUAUUUUCUAUUUUUUCAAGACCAUGACCAUAUAACUCUCGCACAUGUUUCCGAAACAUUGGUCAUUCUAUUUACACUCCUAUUUGUAAUUUGCCUUAAAAAAUAGCACGAUUUGCAUGUUCAUGUAAUGUGAAAAGAAAUUAAAUGCGUUAAAUAUUGGGCCAUUUCAACAUCUUAUAUCCAUCCAUCUAUUUUAAUCAAGUCCAAGCCAAACCUGGCACUAUAACUUUUAAAACGGGAUUUUGCAUAACACUUAAUAAGCAUAAUAAUACGCGCCAUUCAGUCACGAUUCCGCUGGUCACAAUGUUUCAGCCCCCCAUUGUUUUGAAAAUCCCAUAGUUCUUCAAGCCGUCUAGUCACUCCUUGUUUUGACGUAUUUUAUUACAUGUAUUCUGCGUGUGAGGGGGAAUUGAACUUGGGCAAAUUAUAAACCUAAAUAUAAGAUAAUAGUCGAAAAUACAAGAAAUGAGUAAGGUUUGCAAAAUUUCUUUAAGCCCUUCGAAAAUCCCCCUCCCCCGACAAGAAUUUUGGCAAUUUUACACGGAACAUUUUUUUGAUAAAUCGCGCAAAAUGCAAAAAAGUCGGGCAAAUUACCUUCAGCCCCCCUAUUUUUUUCCUUCCCGUACGCAUAUGGUAUUCUGCAUAAUUGUUUCGUAAUCAUUUCGUUUCACUGCAUCUGCUUCUAUUAUUCAAUCUUAAAUAUUUCCAUUUUGCUAUAGUCCAACAAUAACUGAUUCUUUCUUGCCCGUCUGAAGCGUAUUUCACAUUCAAUUGGUUGGAUUGCUUUAAUGUAUUAUUUACUAGUCGUUCGUUUUGCAUUAUUUUUGUUCUGUGCAUGUAUUUUGGUCUGUUAUUGUAUAUACAGUGCCGUAGUCCAUGUGAUGUGGGUUUCCUGGGUAAAUAAAUUUUCCUGGAUAAUUGUAAUUUUCCUGGAUAAUUGUAAUUUAUGACAUUACAGCUUCCAAUAUUUGGGUACCAUAACAAAAGAAUUUUAAACAAUGGCAUUUAGUAUUUUUACACAAGUGAAUAUAAGAAAUCCGACGUGGUGAUUGGUAAAAUUUGACGUGAUAUUUCCGUUUUGUGGAAAUCACAGAUACAGAAAAUAAGCGAAAUUAAAAUAAAUUCAGUCCCAAAAAAACACAAAAGACUUGUGUAAAAAUACUAAAACAAUUAUUCGCCUGAGGCUCGGUGAUUAUGUAAGAAUUAAUUACCGAGAAGGAGGGCUUUAUGCUAUAUACAGCCCCGAGAACGCGAAGCGUUCGAGGGCUUUAUAUAGCAUAAAGCCCGACAUUCGAGGUAAUUAACUGACUUAUUUCAUGAUUGAAGAGGUUUUCUAACAAAGUUUUAUUCUUUUUUUUCGAUUUCGACAAGUAUUUUUCUAGUUUUCUCGCUUAUUUCUUGACUAAUUAGGGCUUUAUGGUAUUCAAGGGCAUUAUGCUAUAUACAGCCCGCGGUACAUCAAAGAAAACCGAGUCAAUCAUGAAAUAACGGAGCAUAUCCACCUCGACUUUGUCUCGGUGAAUAUUCCCCGAUAAUUACCUCGCCUUUGGCGAAUAAUUGUUAAUUUUUUUUUUUUGGUGGGGGGGCAUACACUGCUCUUUCUAGUUUUUAUCUUUGCAGAAUAUAGUUUUUCUCGAUCCGAUCGCAAUUUCGCAUAUGUUUGCUGUCUCUUCGUUAAGUGUACUUAAUAUGUUAAGCAGUUUUUCAAGAAACUGUAAACAUCUUGAAUACGUGAUAAUGUGGGGCUAGGGGUUCCGCCAACACCGCUCUAUAUAGUUUUUCUCAUUGCACUACAUAGUUUUUCUCCAUCCGACAACAAAUUCGCUUCUUGUUCUGACGAUGGUCUGGUCAAAAUCUGGGAUUUUUACAGAUGUGCUGAGGAACGACAAUUAAAAGGUUGGUAGCUUUCCAUCUCCUAUAAUUCACGAGUAUUACUGAUUAUAACAAUGAAUUACGGUCGAAAACGCUGAUGCCUAUGGAGCCAAUUACGAAACGUGUAUCUCAGCUUCGUUUUUCGCCAGUGAAAUUCAAUAAACACUUAUUUACUGAGGGAAGCAGCAUGUUUUGCGAUCACGUGACCAUUGUAGAUGCCGAGACAGCUGACGACAACGACGAGCGGUCGAAGACACGCAAAACGCUGUUUCGCCAAGGACAAGGUUAAAAUCCCAAAUAUGAGAUGACAACAUUUUUCGCUUUCUUAAAAUUACGAUUUUAAAGUGAGGCAAAAGGUAGCCUUCAAAUUCAAUUCUGGUUAGUCUACCCGUUCAUUUGUUAUGCGAAAACAUAUCGCGAUUUUUGCCCCCAUUAACAGGAACUUUGAUACUGUCAUAUCGAGGUAGGGAUCGUAAAAGUAAACUGAAUACGUUCAAGUUGUUCACUCAAGUUGGCGCCGAAUGACACUGACGUAAUAAGUUCUUUGUAGGCGUGCAUGACGGUAAACAUCUCGGGAGGUGAGUGGGAACACCACACAUGAAAUUCAAACAUUUCGUGGACAAUUUACCACAAAAUCAUAAAAAGAAAUUCGGGCGAACAAUAUUAUUUAUCAUUUGUAAGUAAAGAUGAUUAAGUAAUAUAUAGCCUAGAGGAUUGUGUCUCUUGUUAAAAUUCCAUGCGUCUGAAACGAUCGAUGUUUUGUUAGGUCAUGGUGCAGAUGUAAAAUGCGUAGACUGGCAUCCAUCUAAAGGUAUUCUCGUGUCUGGCAGCAAGGACAGUCAACAACCUGUUAAACUUUGGGAUCCUAAGUCUGGAAAUAGUAUAACCACAUUGUGAGUAAAUAUUGCUAACUACUAGAACACAUGGUACUGUUGUUGUCGAUUUCAGGUCGUUUUUUCGAAUUGGUUUCUGGGCAGUUGCCAGACAGUUUGGCGCCAAACGCCUCCGUAGACGGGUUUUCCCUAUUUAUUUAUUGGAAUUAGGGGGUCGGCACGAAGCUCUAGGAAGAUGUUUUGUGAUUGGUUGAUUAUGACAAUGACAAUGACAAAAGAAUAAGCUAUAAAUUGAUUUUCUUAAGAACGAAGCAAGAACAAUAUUGCUUUUGUUUAUGUAAGCCAAUUACGUUAUUGUCAUAGUCAACCAGUCACAGAACAUCUUCCUAGAGCUUCGUGUUUACUGGAAUUAGGGUGCGAGCAAGCAAAAUUACUCGGCGUAGCAACUGUUACAAUGCUCAUAGUUGAAAGUUCAACGUUGACUUGUGAUGAAAAUUUCAUCGCGUCACAACACGCCUUAAUACUAGAAUUACGAAAGCCGUGAGGCGUUUUCCCAUUUCAUGUUGUAUAUGUCUUCAUCGCUUUCUAGACAUUGUCACAAGAGUACAGUAAUGGCAGCAAAAUGGAACAGUAAUGGUAAUUGGUUAGUGACUGGCUCACGAGACCAUCUGCUCAAGUUAUUUGAUAUCCGUAUGAUGAAAGAACUACAGACAUUCCGUGGACACAAGAAAGAAGCCACAGGUAAAAGAAGGUCGAUUAAAUAUCUCGUUUCGCUUUCUUAUCACCUCUGCAGAUCACCUUAUUUAACAUAACGAAAAAUAAAAAAUAUGCAUUGUGUAAUUUCAUAUGUAGUGGUGGCUUGGCAUCCUGUCCAUGAAACGUUGUUCGCAAGUGGAGGGUCCGAUGGCUCACUUAUGUUUUGGUUGACUGGGUACGGCUUUAUCUCAUUGUUUUUUAAUACUAUAAGAAUUUCAUCUGAUAGCUCCUUCCGGAAAGUACGUCACUUUGGCUAUAGAGCCUCGUUUUCGUGAUUGAGAUAUUUGGUUUUGAGCCUUUUAUCUUGUUACAGAUGACACGUUUACGAAAUCAUACAGUUAAAUAUCAGUGAAUAUGAAAGACCUGUUUAUAAUUAUGUCGUUAACAAGUUAAAGGCUCUAAAACUAGUGCCACAAUGGCUCUGUCGCCACUGCUAAGUACUUUCCGGAAAGGCGGAUUAUAUGUAUAAGAGUUAUUCACUCGUGUAGAUAAAUCUAGUGCCUAGAUACCUUUGUGUUGUUCUAUGCUUGUAUAAACUGGAACAGUAGUAAUUAGGCAUGUAAGUUAUCCAAAGUUGUAAAUUGGGUAUAAACAAACAGCCGAUUGUGUCUAUCCAUAAAAUGACAAUCAGAUUGAAGUCCUGGAUAUAAUUUAUAUGUAAUGUUGAUUUUUAGGGUGGACGAGAAAGCAGGCGGGAUGGAGAAAGCGCACGAAGGUAUUGUCUGGAGUCUGUCUUGGCAUCCUCUUGGGCACAUCCUUUGCUCCGGAUCCAACGAUCAUACAAGGUAAAAUUGAAUUGUGUGGCAACGUGCUACUCAUACGAAUAUACAUUAGAUUGUGCUACUAGUAAAUGUACUUUUUCUUCCAUUCUAGCAAAUUUUGGGCAAGAAACCGUCCUGGUGACGCGAUGACCGAUAAAUAUAACCUAGAUAUUCAAGGAAGUCAAGAGGAUGGAGAAUGUAGUACGUUUACGAAUGUUUUUGUUGCUGCAUGUUUAAAUAUUGUACUUUUGCAUUUACUAAUAUGGUGUUAUUUGAGCAAUUCGUUUUGACAUUGGAAAAUCUUAGCAUAUUAUGCUUUGUUACCAUUUUGUCACGGCUGUCGUGACCAAACCAUUGUCACCAAUGUGUAAUAGAUACAUCUUGUUUGUGUGCUGUGUGCAAUCAAUCUUAAUUGCAGAGUUAUAUCGACACUGUAUCAUACCGGUCAUUUUGGCAUGAUCACGACAUCCACCGCCUAAUGGAAACUAGGCAUGUGUCACUUUUUGGCUUGUCUUAACUGGAACCAAAGACAAUCCAGAAGACAAUAUGGAUGAUCCAAUUUGUCUUUUCUUUUGUCUAUGCUGAAACUGAGCAAACUAUGUGUAAUUCACGCUUUAAGAUAAAAUGUCGCAGUACUUUAUAUUGUUAAAUGUGAUUAGUUGUGGUGGUGUUUCAAUUAUAUUAUUUAUUAUUUGUGAAUAGGCGAGGAAGGAACAAGUCAGACUUCCGUGCCAGCUCUAGCAGCGUAUGAUGCAACUCAAGUCAUUCCUGGUGUUGGUCUUCCAGUGAAAGCAAGCAAUGUAGUUCUCCCUGACUCCAAAGAUGUCGACGCGCAUUUGUAUGGAGAGGGCAGUAAAGGUAAAGUAAAAAAUCUUUGUUUUGAAAUUGUGUUGUAAUUCUCAGUGGCGAAGCCAGCCCGACAAUUUGGACAUGCUAUGCAAAUAUUUCCGUGCCCAUACACCAUGAAAACAAUCAAUUUCUAAAGAAAUGAAUAAUGAUAAUGAUUUGAAAUUUGCAUAGCAUGACCGAAUUGUCGGGCUGGCUUCGCCACUGGUAAUUCUUGUAAUUCUUAUAUAAUUUAUUGUAAUGUUCGUUUCUUUGUAUUGUGUCGACAGUAUAUAAGGUACAUUAUAUAAAGUCUAUGGCAAAAAAACCCAGAAAGUCUUUUAUUUAUAAAAGGUGGCCAAGUAUGAAAAGUAUUUCUGUUCAUUAAGACUUUCGAUUCUUGUUUCAGAUAACCGUAAGAUAGCGGUCACUAAACCCUCGGCAACAGCGUCAUCAGAGUUCCCGUACCCACCUGCCUUUAGACAGUCGACUCAGUCUCUUUUUGAAAAUCGUCCUGGUAACUUUUCUCAAAACAUCCCCGGUCUUGAUAUGUCAAUCACAGAUGUUCAGGUCAAACAAGAAAACGAAGGUAAUAUCUACAGAUAAUGUCACCAAUCUGAAAUAACUAUGUAAGCUUUAAUUUUUCCUCACUAAUAUUCGCUUUCUUUUUGUUUUAAUGAAGGCUACAAGAUCCCACGUCUUCCAGGACCACCUAAACUUCGAUUACCUACCCACCUUCCGACUCCCCAAUCAAAUCCAGGGAACCAUCUUCCUCAAGGAAAUCACCCACCUCCAGGAAAUCGCCCACCUCUUGCAAGUCAUCCAGGUAAUCGGCCACCUUUCGGUCCUGGUCCGAGAUACGGUUUUGAUUAUCGUGGACCACCAGGACCAAGAGGUCCAGAUCCAAACUUUAGACCUUCUGGUCAGUUUCAGCCAAACCAAUAUAUGCGUUUCCCGGGGCCACAGGGUCCUGGAGGUUCUAGAGGUAGUUAUGGACCUCAAAAAGGGCCUGGUGGCCCGCAUCCCGAACCAUGGGGUGCUCCCCAUCACCUAGGACCACGUGGUGUCCCUUUUGAUCCUUAUAGACCUCCAGACGGCCAACAUGGAGGACCAAGGCCACAGAAUAUACCUCCUGAUCACUUUGGCCAUAGAGGUGGUCUACAAGAAGGGCCACGGCCACAUGGAGGUCCAAUCGGUGCCUAUGUACGUCCAGACGGCCAACAUGGAGGCCCAAGACCACAGAAUAUUCCUACCAGCCAACAUGGACUUGGAGACGGUUCUCAAGGAGGACCACGCGGCCCCUCAACUGAUCCAAACGUACAUCCAGACAGCCAACCUGGAGGCCCAAGGCUGCCACUAAAUAUGCCUCCUGGUUUGCAAGGAGGACCACGUUCACGUAGACUUCCAAGCGAUCAUAACGCACGUUCAGAGGACCCAAAUCCAUUCUACAAACAUGGACCUAGAGAUGGCUUGCAGGACGGGUCUCAUGACGGACCCGCUGGUGAGCAUGAAGCUCGACAUGGUAGACCAAAACCAACGGAUGUUCCUCCUGUCCAACAUGGAACAAGAGAUGGUCCGCUAGGUUCUAACGUACGUUCUGAUGAUCCAUAUGUAAGCUCAAGGCCGCCACUGAAUGUACCUUCCAGCCCACAUGAACCUAGAGAUGGUUCACACGGGCCACGUCCAGGCUCAACCGGCCCCAGCACAGGUCAAGAUAGCCCACAUGUAGGGCCAAGUGGCCACGACAUAGAUUUCAGCCAACAUGGACCAAGAGACGGGUCACAAAGGCCACGUGGACCCCCAACCGGUCCUAAUAUACAUCCUAGUGGCUCACAUGGAAGCCCGAGGCCACCACUAAAUAUACCUCCCGGCCUACAUGGUCCAAGAGAUAGUCCGAACUUUGGACCUCGUACGGUGAAUGACAAUGGUCAUCCGUUUGGACCAAGAGGUCCCAGACCUCCACAAUUUCAACAACCACGUUCAGAUCAACCGAAGCCAGAGUUAAAAUCCCCUGAAAGUGAUAAACGUGGGGAAAAUGAUCUAAGAAGGAGCCGAGAUAGUUCCCCAGGAAACAGUCCACCGGUAUCUGCUAGUAAUCACGUUAAACGAGAACGUCGUACCUCUGACCCAGAAGCACCUGGAAUCCUCGGAGACUAUCAGACCCAUAUGAAAGAAAUGCACCGUGGCAUGUUGGAAAAUUUAGCAAGCUCUGCAGUCGGACGUCUUUUUGGACAGGCAAAACCGGACAUUGUUCGUCAAGACCGACCACCACAUGGUAGACAAGAUACGGACCGUCAUCACGGACCUGAUACAGGUCGUCCAACAACAAGAGACCGUAAUAAAUCAGAAGGGGACCGACGUGGAGACCGACCACCGAAUGAACCCCGUGAUAGACCGGAUAUGGCCCACCCUGGACAUCGUCCACCACGAGAUCGCCCAGGGGACCAUGAUCGAGACCGUCCACCCUCUGACAGACCAGAUAUGGGGCGAAGAGAAGACCGUCCUCCCCAUGAUAGACCAGACAUUGGCCGUCCAAGGGACCGACCGUCUUUAGAGGGUCGUCCAAGAGAUCGUCCGCCCAGAGGUGGUCCACAAGAGAGAUCUGAUAUGGGCCAGUCUGGAGGCCGUCCACCAUUUGACCGUCAGGACUCGGGACGACAAUCGGACCGUUCGUUUGCUGAUGAAAAAAAUGCACCUGCUCACGAAAAACCCGGAUUAUUACCAAUACCUGACAUGUUUCUUGCUCGAGGCCCACUGCCAAAUGAUGGUCCACCACGUGACCCUGGAUCAGCCAAUCACCGUCCACCUGAUAGAAGACGUGAUCAUGGUCGGUUUCAAGACGGGAGAAAUGAUAUACGACCCGAUAAUCCAGGAUUUGGUAGAGGUCCUCGAGACCACCCCCCGGAAAUGCGGCAAGGCAAAGCACAAUCCGGGGGUGGUCAUAAUGAUGGACCACCAGCAGCGGGGGAAACGAGCCUUAAACCUCUUAUGAGUUUAUUAGAUGCACCCCCUGUCUCCCUUGGCAGUCCGCCUGGACAAGGUGGGGUGGAAAGCCGGGGGAGGAAACGCUCUAUGGAGCAUGAAUUUGACCGACCGCCUAAACGAAUAGGGACGAGUGACAACCGAGAGAGGCUAAGAUAG